CGGAAAAGCACAGGGCAGUGGGCAGAGAAGUCAGGGGGCGGGGGUGCAGGCAGGCCCAGCCUGUGUACCAGCUCGGGGACACCCACGGAAGCACCCAUGAACAAGAGAUGGUGCAACCCGGGCGCACACGUGUGUGCAGCCCGCUGGCACGUCUCUAUGCCCUGUGGGCACCUGUCGUGUGAGUAGCUCCGGGUGUGGCUGUUCCUGGAUGCUGUGGGUCUCAGUAAGGUUUGUAUCUUCGGGCCUGCCUCCCCCGUCCCCAGAGGGGAACUAAGAAGUUUAACUGAGCAAGGACUGAGGAGAUUAAAGGAGUGGAUCUCAGAGGCAAGGCGCAGAGGGUGGGGACUGCGGGCGCAGUGGGCAGAGAAGCACCUAUUUGACCCAUCUCCCAGCUAGAAAAGAAUCUUGAAAAGACUGGCGUGACCCAUGAGCUCUGAAAUGUUUAGAGAGCCCCGAGCGGUGAUGACCACAGAGUGAGUGGCACUAGGCUGAGCCUGUCUAAUUCGUGGACAACAGGAAUGCUUGCAUUUAGAAAAGCCAGAAGGAAACUCAGGAUGGGCACCAUCUGCUCUCCCAAUCCCAGCGGGACAAAGACAGCCUCGGAGGUCUGCAAUGCUGACUGGAUGGCCUCGCUCCCCCCUCACCUCCACCACGUCCCCCUUUCCAAUCUGGCAAUCCCAGGCUCCCAUGAUUCAUUCAGCUACUGGGUAGACGAAAAGUCCCCAGUGGGGCCUGACCAAACCCAAGCUGUCAAACGCCUUGCCCGUAUCUCCUUGGUGAAGAAGUUAAUGAAGAAAUGGUCUGUAACUCAGAACCUGACCUUCCGGGAGCAGCUGGAGGCUGGGAUCCGCUACUUUGACCUACGUGUGUCUUCUAAGCCCGGAGACACUGACCAGGAGAUCUACUUCAUCCACGGGCUCUUUGGCAUCAAGGUUUGGGAUGGGUUGAUGGAGAUUGAUGCAUUCCUCACUCAGCAUCCUCAAGAGAUCAUCUUCCUGGAUUUCAAUCACUUCUACGCCAUGGAUGAAGCCCACCACAAAUGCCUGGUUCUGCGGAUCCAGGAGGCCUUUGGGAACAAGCUGUGCCCAGCCUGCAGUGUGGAAAGCAUGACACUGCGGAGCCUUUGGGAGAAGAAGUACCAGGUUCUCAUUUUCUACCACUGCCCCUUCUACAAGCAAUACCCAUUCCUGUGGCCAGGGAAGAAGAUUCCGGCACCCUGGGCAAACACCACCAGUGUGCAAAAACUGAUCCUCUUCUUGGAGACCACCCUGAGUGAGCGAGCCCCACGUGGCGCUUUCCAUGUCUCCCAGGCCAUCCUCACCCCGAGAGUGAAGACCAUUGCCCGAGGCCUGGUGGGAGGCCUCAAGAACACGCUAGUUCACAGGAAUCUCCCUGCCAUCCUUGAUUGGGUGAAGACUCAGAAGCCUGGAGCCAUGGGCGUCAACAUCAUUACAUCUGACUUCGUGGACCUGAUAGACUUUGCCACAACUGUGAUUGAGUUGAACGACCUUCUAGAAGAUCGAGCUCUGCCUAAGUGUUGAAUUGAUGCUUUGUUUAAUGUGAUGUUGAGGCUAUUGAUCCAAGGUAGGAUUCUAGAGGGUUCUAGUAAAGAUGGCUCACUCCUAGGCAGUCACAGGGACGUAAGGAAGAGAAAGAAGGCCCUCUCCCUUUCCUCACAUAGCUAUUUGGAUUUAAAAAAAAAAAUCUAAGGGUUUUCAUUGCAUUUUCCCCAAAUGAGACUUUUACAACCUUAAGUCUAAGAGAAGAAUGCAUAUUUCUUAUGCUUAACAUCAGGAUCGCCCCCAGUGGCUUGUGGUGGCAAAUAGAAGAUGGAAGCAUCCUUUUCAGGCUCCAUGGGCUGUGCAAGAUCUUAAUUGGCCCAGCUUCCUGUUGUCUGCUGGGGUCAUUUGAGCCUGUGUGAAGACUAAAUCAGAAAGGCAUUCUUGGUCAGAAGAAAGGCAUAAACAGGCAUGGACCACCCUAAGAGGUCUCUGCCAUCAACCUAGAGCUCUAAGAGGUUCCUAGAGAGACAAAAACCAGGUCUCUCAUGAACUGUACUGUAUCACAACUUUUCUACGAGAGCAGGAUAUGUUUAUUAUCACUGCCCAGUCACAGGCUAGCUCUGCGUAUCUUGGACUGAAGGUGGGCACCUUUAUUCUUCAUAUAAACAGUGCACACUACCCUUGCCAUCAGAAAUUCGUUUUCUUAUAUUAAUGUAUUUUGGGCCCUAUCUUUUAAGUGAAAGGAACUUUAGUGGGAAGUCUUUUGUGUGAGGGCCCCAAAUGAACUAAACAUGCAUGUUUGUUGCAUGCCAGAGUUCUUUGAUUUAACUCCGUAGCUUUCUCUCCAAGUGAUUAUCAGGCAAGUACCUGGACCAUUUUAGCAAAGUCCUUUUUGGAGCGAAGUCUUCAAGCCAGAUAGCACAAUCAUUUUAUGGUUGUCUGUCUGGGUCCUGGCCUGCUGCACGACACAAUGCUUGUCUAUGACACCGUGGAGGCUAACACAGGAUGCGUGGAAACGUGCAAUGGAAUUAAAGGAUGAUGCUCCAAGUAGGUUUGGAGCCAGUCUGUAACUCCUUGCAAACAAGACUACCUCGGGGACAUUUAGCCUGACUUGUAUGUCAUCAUUGUGGAAGAAAAGCAAUGCUGGACGCUUCGGCUUGUUUUUCCAUUCAGUCUACUUUCUGUGGGUUGUUCUGCCAACUGCCUUUGCACGACGGCUUGGAAACACAAGGGGAUUUUUUUUUUAAUUGAUAAGAGGUGGCUUUUCAUUGAUGAGAGCCCUCUUUUGUUUCAUUUGCUUUGUUUGCGUAUUUAUUGAUUUAUUUAUUCAUAGAGUAAGGAUCUGCGGUGUCCUUUGCCUGAAGAAUACUCACAGAUGUUUACUGGACAUUUCCUACCCAGGAUGCUGCUGUGGUCGUCCACCCAUGCACUGCAUGGUGCAUCUCAGGGGCUGUGAGUGACCUCGGAACUUUGCUGUGGAGGCCCUCCCCCUACCCAAGCCUGCUGAGGACAAUUGUAUAGGUGUGAAUGUGAUCCAGAUCUAGGAAACUACUGCCAGAGGCAUGCACAGGGACACAAGCAUCAUGAAAAACUCCACAGGCACUUCUGUUAGAGACUGGGAAGAGAACUAGGAAUAAUGGCAGCGCGUGUAUGUGAGUGUGCUUUGCUAACCCUCAGCCCUAUUUGAGAAUCCCUAAGGAGGUGUCAGAUUCCACAUUCCUAAGGAGGAAUAUAAACAGGCAGUCCUGGGUGGGGAUGUGCAUUUAAAGAGAUUGCUGGACCUUCUUCUAGUACUUCUCCCAUCUCUCCCUUUGACUGCCUUGUCAGUUGUGCAUGCUGACUUCCAUGGGGAUAUCUUGGGUGAGCUAUUGAAAACAUGCAUGCCCCUAAUGGCUGACUAUCUGACCUUUCGUUCCCUAAAGUAAUUUAGGCUUUGACUUUUCACUUCCAUAGUUCAUGGAGGCCACAGCACAAAUGCCUCUGAGAAAACCUUAUUUAACUUCUCCUGUUCUUGAAUUUGAAUCCUGCCCAGAGGUGGCUUCUGAAAUGAUCUUGUCAAAUUUGGCAAGGCUUCCUCAUUGCAUAGGAGUGCAUACCCCCAUCAUCUUAAUUUCCCUUCUAUUGUGAUUACUGAGCUCUACAGAGAAGCUCCCAAAACCUAAGCCUAUCCUCACGUUUUUAUUUUUGUUUUUUAUUGUUGCAUUAUUGUUUUGGUUUUGGUUUUAAUCAUCAAUUAGUCACAAGGGACUGCAUCCCUCCCUAUCUGUUAACCCUUUGUUACUUGGCAAAGAGAUAAGGGGGCAAGAAGAGAGUCAUUAUGUUCUGUUUUAUUUGCGCCUCAGCUUUGUCCAGGUGCUUGGUGCUACGGAGCCUGGUGUGUCAGCAGGUAUCUGCACCGGAUGGAUACCAGUUUCACUUUAAGGCUGCAGACUGUUCAGUGAACUGUUUACUUCGUUUUCUCCCUUUGUUCUUAAAUACACAGUUGUAUUUCACUUCUGACAUUUAAGUGCACCUCAAUGCUGGCACGCUGUACCAUUAAGCAUAACACAGAAGCACAGAACACUUCCAAGGCCACGUGUAUGGGCCCUUUCUCCCUUAGUGAGUACAGGAGUACACAAAUACCGGCUUGUCCAUGGUGUUAGGUUCCCAGCCUUGCUGAUAUCCUGUAAGUCUGAGACGUAGGGGGAGGAUUAGUCACAAUUCCUUCCAGGAAUUACUCAAAUCUCUGCCCCAAGAAAAGCCUUCCAAUGUGGUAAAGGCUGCGUGUAUUCUGUUCCUUGAGGACCAGGCAGAAACUCAAGUGAGUUGGACAAAGAAAAAAAUAGAACAUGGGCCUCAGGGCUCAUUCUGCCAUAGUUACAAAUAAGAAUUCUGACCCAAAUAUAUCACACGUUCUCUAAAAUCCAGGGAGUCAUUCAGAUUUUUUAAAAAAAGGGGGGGGGGGCUCUCAUAGUUGUUCAGAAUUAACUUCAAGAGCAACUAAAAAACCUGUUUAAUUAACUUAGUUUCAGAGAAUUUGAGGUCAUUUCUGUUUGGAAAUUUAACUGGGUUCUUCAUGAACUCUCUGCACCAUUCCAACACAGCCAUAUUUCUUUGAUGACCCAGACCUAGAUGCCCUAGGUCUCUGUGGGUUAGAGCAGUGUCUCAGGGCUUGAACACUGAGUUUAUCAGAAGUUCCAAGUAUGUUAUGGAUGGAGACAAUUUUCUUAGGAUUGAACGGAGAGGUCAGGAUGGAUGUGGUGGAAGAGAUUGGUGAGUGUUUGAGGAUUUUGUCUGAAAUUAUGGCAGAUCGUAGAGGUAAUGCAAAAAAAAAAAUGCUUAUAUUUGCUGCAUAAGAUUUGAUAGUCAUUGUUUUCUCUAGUGCUGGGUCCAAACCCUGAGUUUUUUAGAACUUUUAAGCUAGAGUUUAGAGUUCAAAUCCAACAUUUUAUAUACAUGCAAAGAAAAGCACAAGAUCUGAGCAGAGAUAAUGACAGACCUUAAGAAUCCCAGAUUUUUUUUUAUAGCUUCAUUUUUCACAUCUGAAAAUGUAUGCUUCUGUCCACGAAGGCAAUAAAAUGAAGUAUUCUGAGAUUAUGUGAAGCUUUCUGAUAUGUCUGGAUAUUUGCAUUUUUUUUUUCAGUGUUUAGGGUUAGGGUUAGGGUUAGGGUCAGGGGUGAGGGGUUAGGGUUAGGUCGCACCAGUAGGAAGCAUUUCCAAAGAGACAUGAUGUGGCCCACCCAUAAGCACAGAUUGAAAGGUGGAGACCCAGAAGAAAUCCAGACUGAAAAGAAACUGCUAUUUUCUCUGAGAAGCAAAAGGGCUACAUGCUGACAUCAUCACAGAGGUUUUAUGAUGUCCUUGAUUGUUAUGUUCUGGUAAACAGAACAGGCUAAUGAAUGAGCCUCAGCCAGGAGAUCCCCUCCCUUAGCUGAGCAACUGGUCCCAGGCUAAGCUGUCAUUGCUUCUUUUAUCUUUAAUAAUGAUGCAGAUCUCAGAUGGCUGGUUCAUAAACUGCAUGAGGUCCUAGAGCUCGGCCUAAAUGCCUUGGACUCUGGGGAUGUACCCUUAGCAUGAGUCUUCCUUUUGUGCAUACAUGCAGAGAAUAAUAUGGUUAGAGUCAUGCAAGAGUGUGCUACAGUCUGGUAGAAUUCGACUAUGUGUUAUACCUUCCGGAGUCUAUGUACUGUGUGGGGCUCAAUGAAAUCUGCCAAAAUGUAUGUGGGCCACUGAGAGGUGGGCUUUCUCUAGAGAAACAGUAGACACUGAGAGUAUCAAACAUCCAAGAUGACAGGAAGCUUAUUUGGUGCAGCAUAGAAGAACAUAGAAGUCCCUCUAGAUUUCUUUAACUGUCUAGCGAAUCUUAGCCCACUUCCACAGCUGCUUCCUUGUAGGUGAUACCACGGUUUCAUUACUCAGUAGUGUCACCUUGGGACACAGGGAGAGUGGACUGAUUGAAUAACAAGUGGUGUCAAUAUAAACUUCCCCUCAAUUCCAGAUGGUUCUAAUCAGCUUGUUACUGCCCCCAAGAGACCUCCUACGUCCACAGUGUUUGGCUUCCCCAGCUUCCUGCUACACACACUGACACUAAUGGCCAUAUGUCUGAGCUAGCCUAACUCUGAAGCAACUCUACAAUGAUGCUAUUGAAUCUUUUUUUUUUUUAAAUCGAUGUCUUAGACAGUGUAAAAAUAUUCUAAUAUCCUGCUCUAGAAUCUGUGCUUUAGCACCAAAUCCAGCAAAGUUGUCCUUAAAAUUUACCAAACCCAUUUUAAAACAAAAUGGUUUGAAUAAGACCGUUCUCUCCUCUCUUUUGGGGGAAUUCAGAAGCACAUCUAUUGAGGCAACUGCAUCAACAAUCUCGACGCAUUCUUCUGUCAUUCUUCCCCAUGCCCCUCGUAGAAUGCUACUUUCCCCUCUUGUCCCCUAGCAUCUUCAUCAUCUGCUGACGACUGCGUCACAAGAUGCUCUGACCAUGAUGGUGGUUGUUCUUUAGCCUUCUCAAAUGCAUUAUUCUGCCUCCUGCUCUCACCCAGUCAUUAGAACUAUGCUUAGAGCCCCGAGUUGGGACCAAUGUUUAAUUCAUAUAGCACAGGCUCGAUCACAGGGUUAAAUCCACUAAGAAGCAUAGCACUUUGAAAAGUCAUACAGGCCUUUGGCAGCUCUGUAUAGUUGCAAUGUCACACCCUGUUAUUGGUUUAUAGCAUUAAUAAUAUGUCAAUUAUAGAUCUAUAAUAUCAAGAUGGUAACUCUUGGAUCAUGUUCUAGAAAUAAUAAUACCUUGCUGCUAUUAAUUAUUACCCAAGUAUGAAUGAGUAUUAACUGCAGGUUGUGUAUGCAUUAUUUGUAUCAUGUACAUGCCAACUGUAAUACUUAUCCUCCCUGACCAGUCACUUAAAAUUACAGAAAUUGUCAUAGUAAAAAAAUGUCUUGGUCAGUUCAGACAAUUUGUGUAUCUGAUAAAUGCUGUAAUGGAGAUUAUAUUUUGUCUUCUAUUCAUUGACUUAACUGCAAUGCAUGUGGUUUGCUAAACUUAAGAAAUAAUAAUCAAUUUUUACCAAUUUUAAGGUUAGGGAUAAGAUUGUGCAUCUAUGCUACUUGACACUCUGAGAUGUAUCUUGUGGCCUGACUGUCGAUGUCAUACACACUUCACUUGCCUUCUUUCCCUCUAGGAAGUAAUUGUUGAGUUAUAUCUCUUCUUUCUUAAAACCUGGAUUAAAUCACUUAACUCAUCCUAAACUAUUGUGAAGCCACAGUACCUCGUUUUAACUGUGAAAAAAAAAACAAAGUGUUAAUAGGUCUGCCCAUAUGAUGUGUUUCCUUGUAUUUGAUUUGAGCCAGUUAACAAGGUUUAAACCUAGUAAUAAACACGAAUCUUUAAUA